UUCAGGCUAAAUAUGAAAUAAUGGUCUUGCAAGACGAACUUGCUAAAACUAAAGAUGCAGCACAAGGAGAGAUUGAUCGCAUAAGUGCUUUACUUUUAAUUAAAUUACAGGAAACGGACUAUCUCCAGGAGCAGUUGGAUGACCUUUUAAGCAAAUAUGAAGAAGUCAAGAUAAAAAUGCAUCAGACAUCGUUGGAGAAGGCUCAACUCAUAAACAUGUUACAAGAAGAAUCUGGAGUGACAACAGAUGAUGGAGGGGUCAGUGAAACUUCGUUGGACUUGAACUUGCUUGUUUACAGAUGCUUUCAGAGGAUAAAAGAGCAGGCUUGUGCAUCUGCUGAAAUCUCAGGUGAAUAUGUGGAAUGUAUUGAAAAGGUUCAAGCUCUUUUAUAUGUCAGUCGUCAGGAUUUGACGCUCUAUGAUAUAGUUCUAGAAGAGGAGUCUUCUGAUUUGAGUAAUUGCUCGAGUAGGUUAAGAUCAGUAUCUCAAGAACUUAGAGAAGCGAAAGAGGAAAACGACUCUUUGCAGAGGGAUUUUCAAAGAUUAGAGGAGAAAUAUGCAUGGCUAAGGGAAAAGUUGUCCUUGGCUGUUAAGAAAGGCAAAGGACUGGUUCAGGAUAGGGAAAAUAUGAAAAGUGUCUUGGAUGACAAGAAAGGAAAAGGACUUGAACCAGAAUAUGGUAGUUAAGUUGGAGACUGAUUUACAACUAUUUCAGAGUUCCUAUGUUGAACUUAGUCGUCAACUGGAGACUUGUCAA